ACCAACCCCCAUUCGGUGAGUCGUCUUCGUCUUCGGUAGUCGCGCGCGCCAGCUCACUUCUUCGCCGCCCGCGCCAGAUCUCCUCCACCGCCCCCGCCUCAGCCUCAGAUCUCCCCUCCCCCUUCCCCCGCGCCGAAACCCUAGCGCCUUCCGCUCCGCCGGCGGGGGGCCAUGGGCAUCGUCUUCACGCGGCUCUUCUCCUCGGUCUUCGGCAACCGCGAGGCCCGCAUCCUCGUCCUCGGUCUCGACAAUGCCGGGAAAACCACCAUCCUCUAUCGGCUGCAGAUGGGGGAGGUCGUCUCCACGAUCCCGACGAUUGGGUUCAACGUGGAGACGGUGCAGUACAACAACAUCAAGUUCCAGGUCUGGGAUCUAGGUGGUCAAACAAGCAUCAGGCCAUACUGGAGAUGCUACUUUCCAAAUACCCAGGCUAUCAUUUAUGUUGUCGAUUCAAGUGAUACGGAUAGGCUUGUAACGGCAAAAGAAGAGUUCCAUGCUAUCCUUGAGGAGGAUGAGCUAAAAGGUGCUGUCGUCCUUGUAUAUGCAAAUAAACAGGAUCUUCCAGGUGCACUUGAUGAUGCUGCCAUAACAGAAUCAUUAGAACUCCACAAGAUCAAGAGUCGUCAAUGGGCAAUUUUCAAAACAUCUGCGAUAAAAGGAGAAGGGCUUUUUGAAGGUUUGGACUGGCUCAGUAAUGCACUCAAAUCCAAAAGCGGCUAAUUUAGGAGCCUCUGUUCCAUGGAUCAUUGCUUGAUGGUAAAGAACAGGGACGGUGCUCCCGCUCCCUUUUCCUCACAAGUCUGCGUGAGAACCCCCAUUCUCUUUGUUUUAACUCCAGAAGUUUUAUACCAUCAAUUAUCUGUAAAGUGCUUGUUAAAAUUUUCGCAUACGACUUUAGAUGUACCUCCAUAUUGAGAUCAAGAAUAGAUUUGUAGAAAAUGAUGAGCGAACAGUCAGGACUCUUGGUCAGCAGUGGCUUUACCCGUAAAUCCCUUCUACUAUUGUGACAUUUUUUUUCCCAAAUUAUUGAACGCACCUAAUUUUCACCU